AUGCUCCUGGAGGCGCUAUGCUCCUGGAGGCGCCAUGCUCCUGGAGCCGCUGUGCUCCUGGUGGCGCUAUGCUCCUGGAGGCGCUAUGCUCCUGGAGGCGCUGUGCUCCUGGAGGCGCUGUGCUCCUGGAGGCGCUAUGCUCCUGGAGGCGCCGUGCUCCUGGAGGCGCUGGUGAUGCCCCCCAGUAACAUUGCUCAAGGUGUGGAGUUCCUCCUGGCGGACUCCAGCAGACCCCGGCGGCCAAUGUUGACAGCCUCAACAAAGCACAGUGCUGCGAGCCUCAACAAAGCACAGUGCUGCGAGCCUCAACAAAGCACAGUGCUGCGAGCCUCAACAAAGCACAGUGCUGAGAGCCUCAACAAAGCACAGUGCUGCGAGCCUCAACAAAGCACAGUGCUGCGAGCCUCAACAAAGCACAAGGAAGCUGCCCGGGCCACCACAGAAUACCUUGUUAGUGGAGCUUGCGGGGUCCACUUGCUGGGUGAACCGCACCUCUCCAGGAGAACCGCACCUCUCCAGGAGAACCGCACCUCUCCAGGAGAACCGCACCCCUCCAGGAAAACCGCACCUCUCCAGGAGAACCGCACCUCUCCAGGAGAACCGCACCUCUCCAGGAGAACCGCACCCCUCCAGGAGAACCGCACCUCUCCAGGAGAACCGCACCUCUCCAGGAGAACCGCACCUCUCCAGGAGAACCGCACCCCUCCAGGAGAACCGCACCUCUCCAGGAGAACCACCCCACGCCAGGAGAACCAUCCCACGCCGGGAGAACCAUCCCACGCCGGGAGAACCAUCCCACGCCGGGAGAACCAUCCCACGCCGGGAGAAUCGCACACCUCCAGGAGAACCGCACCCCACCAGGAGAACCGCACACCUCCAGGAGAACCAUCCCACGCCAGGAGAACCGCACCCCUCCAGGAGAACCGCACCCCUCCAGGAGAACCAUCCCACGCCGGGAGAACCGCACCCCUCCUUGAGAACCGCACCCCUCCAGGAGAACCACUCCACGCCAGGAGAACCGCACCCCUCCAGGAGAACCACUCCACGCCAGGAGAACCGCACCCCUCCAGGAGAACCACUCCACGCCAGGAAACCGCACCCCUCCAGGAGAACCACUCCACGCCAGGAGAACCGCACCCCUCUAGGAGAACCACUCCACGCCAGGAGAACCGCACCCCUCCAGGAGAACCGCACCCCUCCAGGAGAACCACUCCACGCCAGGAGAACCGCACCCCUCCAGGAGAACCGCACCCCUCCAGGAGAACCGCACCCCGCCAGGAGAACCGCACCCCUCCAGGAGAACCGCACCCCUCCAGGAGAACCGCACCCCUCCAGGAGAACCGCACCCCUCCAGGAGAACCGCACCCCUCCAGGAGAACCGCACCCCGCCAGGAGAACCACCCGACGCCAGGAGAACCGCACCCCUCCAGGAGAACCGCACCCCAUCCAGGAGAACCACCCCACGCCAGGAGAACCGCACCCUUCCAGGAGAACCGCACCCCCUCCAGGAGAACCGCACCCCUCCAGGAGAACCGCACCCCUCUAGGAAAACCGCACCUCUCUAGGAGAACCACCGCAUGCCAGGAGAACCGUACUGCAGGAGAACCACCCCACGCCAGGAGAAUCGCACACCUCCAGGAGAACCGCACCCCUCCAGGAGAACCGCACCCCUCCAGGAGAACCGAACUCCUCCAGGAGAACUACCCCACGCCAGGAGAACCGCACCCCUCCAAGAGAACCGCACCCCACCAGGAGAACCAUCCUACGCCAGGAGAACCGCACCCCACCAGGAGAACCAUCCUACGCCAGGAGAACCGCACCCCACUAGGAGAACCUUCAAUCCCCUGGAGAACCGCACCCCAGCGGGGAACCAUCCCACAGCAGGAGAACUGCAACCCAUCAGUAGAACUAUCCCGCACCAGGAGAACCGCACCCCACUAG